AUGUCCGGCCGUAACGCCAAGAUCACAAUGUCUGAACUCAAGCUCCGCCGCCUGGUGGAAAACAACCACCGUCUGCGCGAGGAGCUCUCCCGGCCGCGCGUCAUGGUCUCGCUGUCGAGUCUGAGUCUCAUCAACUAUUGCCGCGAGACGAAUGACCCUCUCCUCCCUGCCAUUUGGGGCCCGCUCGGAAAGGGCGAGGACCCAUACGCGCCUCCCGAGGACGAGAGCUGCUGCACUAACGCGCACGAUCUCGAGUACGCCGAGGAAUCGGACGGUGACGAGACCAUCGACGGCCUCUUUGGCUCAGAAGACGAGGACUUGCCACCCGCCUUCACUCAGGCCAAUCUCGACACGAGACGCCCAGUCGCAGUUGGCGGUAAGCGCUCGCGCACUCCAUCACCUACAAAGACCGCACCCGCUCCGCGCACUCCCAUCACUGCAACUCCGGCAACCGUGCGCCUGACUGCCGAGCAGCGCCUGCUCGAGCUGCGCGACAUGCGCAACCGCCCACUGCCCGCAGUCGAAGAUGGCCCCGACACGCUGCGCAACUAUGCGUCGAGGGUGGUGCGCGCCAACUCUGGACGUAUCUGGGACAUCGGUGGUCUGGAGUACUCGAUGGUGGCCGACCUGCUUGACCACCUUCCGCGUGCACAGCUGUCCGAGAUUGAGGAGGCGUCGCCGCACAUUCUCAAGGACACCGACUGGCUGUGGGAGGCCUUCGUCAUCUCCGAGUACCCCGUCUACUACCAAGAAUGCAGGCUGCGCAAGGGCCAGCCGCGCACCUCGGGCUGGCGGAGGAUGUUUGCUAAAGCCGUUGCCGAUGCAGAAAACCGCAAGCAACAAGCAACAGCGCGCAUCAAGGAGCGUUACGCUCAGAUGGAGGCCGAACGCCAGUCCAAGAAGAUCGUCAAGCUCAACACUUUUGUCGCGCCAAAGAAGGGCAAGUCGCUCUCGCAGACACGGCGCGGCUACUCGGCUUCUCAGCCCACCCCACCUCCGCAGAACAGGGCUCAGUCUGCCAUUGCCAAGGCGCGCAACGAUGCUGCGCGUGCACGCGUUGCGCUCACCCACGCAUCGGGCAAGUACAUCCCCCCGCCGGUCGCUGCGCCCCGCAAGCCGGCUGCGGCACGCGGCGAGGGUGAACUGUUCAAGAACCCGUACCUCGGUGUCAACGGCGCGUCGUCCAGCUCCAGCGCAGCACCACCAAAGCCAGUCACCGGGCCUCGUCUUCCGGCGCCGCGCAUCCCUCGCCCGAAGGGUGUCUUCCCAGACGCCUACAACACCAAGGAGGAGGCUGCGCGCCGAGCCGCCCUUCCAGCCAGCAUUACCGCGCGCGCGCCCUCCCCGCCAAGGGAGCGUUUCAGGAUCGACGACACACCGCGCACGUCCGUCCCCAUCCCCAAGCCAAGGGUGGACAACUUCAAGCCGUCCAAGCCGCUGCCGUUCUUCGCGGGGCCGCCAGCCAUGGGCGUGAAGCGUCCCGGCGACGGUGCUGCGUCGCCACAUGGUGACAAACGUGCACGCUUAGGCGACGGAUCGUCGGCACACUCCUCAGAGGCUGGUUCGCGUCCCCCAUCCCGACCCACCACACCCAAGCCCGCACCCAACCUCAACAACGUUCUCUUCAUGAAGAAGCCCAAGCCCAAGGCGUCAGCCUCCCGAGCAGCAGCCCCGGUCAAGAGGUAGAUUUUGCAUUUGUCAUUGUCAUUUGGUCUCAUCAUUGUAGUACUGCGCAUCAUGUAUAGCAUUAGCAC